AAAAAAUAUUUAUGUAAACUUUAAUAUUUAGAAAAAUAUUUAUAAAAAAAUUGAAAAAAAAAACCCACUUCCGUUAAAAACCUAUCAUGCCGACGGACGUUGCUGUCCGUCAUUGUUGACGUGAUUUCUGAUACCAAUGGCUUGCAUCUUCCUCCGCAAGCUAACCCCUUCUUCCGUCCAUCUUUCCUUCUCCUCUCUCCAAUCUCUAUACAAAGCGAACCCGUAAUCCAAUUCCCGCAAUUUUUUCUCUCUCUUUCUCGAACUCUGCGUCUUCUUCUUCAAGGAUGCUGGAGCUGCGUCUGGUUCAGGGGAGACUUCUGAAGAUGGUGGUGGAGGCGAUGAAGGAGCUGGUGACGGACGCCAACUUCGACUUCUCGUCGUCGGGGGUGUCCCUCCAGGCCAUGGACUCGAGCCACGUCGCCCUGGUCGCCCUCCUUCUCCGCUCCGAAGGCUUCGACCACUUCCGCUGUGACCGCAACCACUCCAUGGGCAUGAACAUCAACAACGUCUCCAAGCUCCUCCGCUGCGCCGCCAACGACGACAUCAUCAUCCUCAAUGCCGACGACGACUCCGACACCAUCACCUUCAUCUUCGAGAGCCCCAAACAAGAUAAGUUGGCAGACUUUGCAAUGAAAUUGAUGGAUAUCCAGAAUGAUCAUUUAGGUAUUCCUGAAGCAGAGUAUCAGGCCAUUGUCAAGAUGCGUUCUCUAGAGUUUGCACGAAUCUGCAAGGAUCUAAGCAGUAUUGGGGACACUGUUGUAAUAUCUGUGACAAAGGAAGGAAUUAAGUUCUCGACCAGAGGUGGCAUUGGCAGUGCAAAUAUUGUUUGCCGGCAGAACACUACUGUGGAUAAGGGGCUGAGUGGCUGAUCCACCUGAUGAUAACAUUUGUUUGUCAGAAGGAAGCUAGCUAGCUAGCUAGCUGUUUUAUAUAUUAUUUAUUAUUUGCCAUAUUGUUAUCUAUAAUGGACAGCCUGUUAGAAUUAAAUUGCAUGCACUCAAUCUUUGUUGUUCAAAGCCAACUUCUGUCUAUCAUGUUGCCAAUGAACUAGAACACUCGUAUGUCUGCUGAAGCAAAUCUGAGAAAUAUUUACCUUUCCGGUUUUUGUGAACUCCUCACUAGAUAUUGAACUGAGCUGCAUAUGUACGAGAAGUACUUGCGCUCGCAUAAGUUGUUGAACCUCUGAUUCAGGUACCAAUUUAUAUUUUUGCUCGAUAGGGUUAAGACUAGAACUAUUCAAGGUUUGUAGUUUUCUAGCGCUCUCAAUAGUAAUCAGAGUUUGUCAUUUGCUUGGUAGGAUCAGGAUUAGAAGUAUUCAGGAUUUUCAGAGUUUGUCAUUUGCUUGGUAGGAUCAGGAUUAGAAGUAUUCAGGAUUUUUAUUUUUUUUGCUCUCUUUAUAGAAUAACAUCAUAAAAUUUCAAAUUGCUGAGAUCAUCAUAGGACACACCCCCUUGAAAGGUUCCUUCUUUUUAGCUUGUUGCAAGAAAAGAAUAUUUAUUGCAGGGAGUCUUGGUUUUGUUGGACAUACUGCCAAAACUGACUGCAAGUAUCCUUCCACUUUGCAGCCUGAGAAUUCUACCACCAUAGAAAUGAAGGAACCAGUUUCUCUGACAUUUGCUUUGCGGUAUAUGAACUCAUUUACAAAGGCAACACCUCUGUCAAACACGGUAACCAUUAGCAUGUCCUCAGAUAUGCCUGUUGUUGUGGAGUACAAGAUUGCAGAAAUGGGUUACAUCAGAUUUUAUUUGGCCCCCAAAGUUGAAGAUGAUGAUUAAGAUCGGUCGUAGCAUCCCCAUGCCCUCUUGGCUUUUCUUUUCUUGUCCUUCUUUUUUUUUGUGUCAAUGUUGUUCUUUUUUUCAUCUUCAAAGUUUGUAUGGAAUCGCAUGAUUUGUAAAUGACAUUGGAGCUGUUGUAAGUAACUGUCAUAGGAGGAAACAUUCAUCAAGUGAUAAUUGGUUGUUUGAUUAGAUAUAUUGUAACUGUUGCUAUGUGGGAAAGAUCGGUUUACCCAAUGAGAACACAAAAAGUUUAGAUAUUGUGUAAAAAAAAUCAAUUUUUCCAGUA